CAUUCACACUUCGUUAGAACCAAGUCAGCCUUCAGGAAAAUGUUUACUAAGUCCAUGAUCCUUUUCAUUAUAUACUAUAUGUUGAUAACAACAUCAGCCCACGGCCCGCCUCGAGAACGAGACAAUGAAGACAUCGCGAUGGGGCGGAAGGUAAAAAAAAUGGGAGCAAAGUGGUGUAGCAUGGCGAAGGUUUGCAACCACGACCGCGUGCCGAUUUGCGGAGUGAGCCACGCUGGCGACAUCAUGGGCUUCCGGGAUCUGUGCGACAUGUUCGACUAUAAUUGUAUACGACGACGAAAUUACAAACAAACUGGAUGUCCCGAAGAUAAAUCGCUUCUGACAGCGUCCCGUAGACCCACCAACAGUUACUAUGACGAAUAAUAUUAAAUUCAGUUUAACUUCUCUGUAAUUAACAAAUUUAUUAACCAAUUUAUUGUAUCUGCUAUAAUGUUAA